AUGGCCUCGGUCAACAACAUGGCCCCGGUCAAUGACAAGGUCUGGGACGAGAGCAAGGACUCGGUCAGCAUCAAGGACUCGGUCAGCAGCAGGGGCUUGGUCAGCAGCACCAGCAGCACCAGCAGCAAAACCUGGGUAAGCAGAGCCUUGGCCAGCAGAGGUUGA